AGUUUCUCUGCGUGUGUGUCUGGAGCAAGUGAAAUGAUAGACUAAGAGCAGAGCAAGCCAAACGAGAUGCACGAACUGUUUACGAAAGUGCUCGCCAAGCGCGAUCUGUCCAAGGCCGGAGAUCUGUUCUCAGUGCCGGAUGCGGAGAUUGUCAAUGAUAUAACAGAGGUGCUAUCGGAGAUCAAUCCGAUAAUCUCGCAUGCGGACUAUGUGAAGAACAACAAUGACCAGAGCGUGGUGGAGAUUUGCGUGACGCGCGUGCUCUCCUGCAUACGCGAAACACGCAGCGCGGAGCGCUACUGCGCCGCUCUGGUGGAUCUGCUGAAGACCUGUCUGCUCUGGAAUCUGCAGCCAGUGGCGUCCACCAAGGAGGAGCCGCCGCAUGCCAAGAUCGCAGCUGAUAUAAUCUCUAGCAUAUUUUUAAACUAUGAUAAGAAAGAACUGAUGAAAAUAGCGCUGCCCAUUGCCGUGCAGUUCCUGCCCAAGGGCAACAAGGAGCUGUCGCGAAAUCUUGCCAGCUAUCUCUCGCUGGCAGCCAUAGACUACGCCUAUCUGUUGAUCGACAUCAUGGACCCCAUCAUGGACUCCAUACUCGCCGGCAACUACGGACUGCUGCGCGUGCUCUCCCAGGUCUAUGAAGUCUCCCCGGAGACGGUGACGCCGCAUGCGCCGCUGCUGAUGCCGCUGCUGCCUCAGUGCGACGCCCAGGAGCGCAUGGCCGUGUUCCAGCUCUAUCUGUUGAUUGUGCAAAAGUCACCCGCCGUGCUGGAGUCCUGUGUGCCGCAGCUUUGCAGCUUCCUCCAAGACAGCGACACCUCCAUUAUCACCAUGCAGAUACUGCUCACGCUGGCGCAGCACAAUCCUCAGCUGCUGGUGCCGCACUUUGAGCAGGUGCGUCAGGCGGCCAAGAGCAAUCCCAGCACAGUUACCUUGGCCGCUCAGCUGCUCACCACGGCGGGCAUGGGCAGCAAGGAGACGGCGCAACAGGCGCUUGACUUUGUGCUCGAACAUCUGCCGGCUCAGGCGCUGCUCCAGCAGGAGGCAACGCGUCUCUGCUCCGCCUAUCCUGUUCUAUUCACGGACAAGGUCUUGGCCUGCGUGCGCCAGAAGAACGCGGCGCUCAGCUCGCAGCACGACGUGGGCAAUGGCACGGCCAACAAGAUUUCCGGCGGUGUCACCAUCGUCAGCCUCAACUCCAGUCCAAGUGCGCAGCUCAAACCAGUUGCUUUGGCCACGCCCAUUGGCAGCAGCAACAAUGUGCCACAGGCAGCUGCAGUGCUGCCCAACGCAACGCCAGCCACGCCUGUUGCUGCACCCACGCCCAUUGCUAGCUCCACACCGGCAGCAGCGAAUGCUGCCACGCCCACACCCACUCCCACACACGCCGGCUACACGCGUCGCGUUAAGCUGGGUGACUCCCGCAGCACCGGACGCCUGCAUCCGGCGAGCAACACGCACCGCAGCGUCACGCGCCUCAAUGUGGCCAGCGGAUCCGUGGGAGGCUUGCACAAGAGCAUGACGCGGCUGAGCAACUCGCAGAUCAAUCAGCAGCCAGGCGGCAAUUCCAAUGGCAAUGUGGUGGUGCAAACUGGAGCAACGCCCAAGACAUCGACAGCGCCUUCUAAUCCACCAGUGACGCCGGUGCCGCCGCUGAGCAACGACGUGGUCAUCACUGGGCACAACAAGCACGGCAUACCGGUGACCUCGGGCGGCGUGACCGUCACCACUUCGCCCUCCAAGGUGCGGCCGCAUUCGCAAGGACCUGCCACGCUGCUCAACUCCAGCACAGUGCUCAUGAAAUACAGCACGGAUGCACUGAAUCAGUCCAUGGGCUCCAUUAGCAUACCCCAAGCCAAUGCCGUGGCGGGUCCAAGCCAGAACGCCGUAUCCGUGCAUCAUGCGUCGCCUGCGCUGCCGCCAGCCACCAGCAAUGGUCAUGCCAAGUCCAUCACCAAGCUGCCAGUCAAUGGCAAUAGCGAGGUGAUUGUCUCUGGUCCCACCACCACCACCAAUGUGGCUCCGAGACGUAGCGAUAAUACGAGCCGCACGCUGCUGAACGCCAACAGCGGUUUGGAUCAGCGCAUGAGCACCUUUGAGCCAUAUCAGAUAAUGCGCGAUCCUGUGCAGCAAUUCUGCGAGAAGAACUUUGCCUCGAUCAAGAGCUACAUGGAUGAAGUCUCGCAGCACUUGCCGCCGCCCACGCGCUGCAGCAUCGAGGUUUCGAAUGAAUUUGCAGAGCGUCGCAAGAAAGUGGCCAAGCUGCACUUUGCCUGCCAGAUACGUGGACCACAUUGCCUCUACUCCAAGACUUGCUUCACCAUGCGCACGCGCAAUCCCAAAACCUGGAUACACAUGAUCUUCCUCGACUUUCAAGUGCGACACUUUGUCAAGGAGAAAAGCGUGCUGAGCACACGUGAGCCUGGGAUUAGCAAUCUGAAGAACAUCUGGCAGAUACUCAAGUGUGAGAAUCGCAGCUUCACCGAGCUGGUCACCAGUCAGUUUCCCCAGGUUAAGGAUCGCGAGAUACUUGUCAAUGAGCUGCGUCAUUCGGGCUUUCUGGAUGUGUUCGAGGUCUCCAAGACGGACAAGUCCAAUCCCAACUGCAAUGAGCUGGAGUAUCAGUGGGGCUGCUUUCUGUGCAAUCAUCCGGACAAGGCGGUGGGCUUUCUAAAUGGCAGCAAUCAGCCCAUGAUUGAGGGUCAGCUCAAGGAGAAGAAGGGCAAGUGGCGACUCUUCAGACGCUGGCGCACGCGCUACUUUACGCUCUCCGGUGCGCAUCUAUCCUGCAAGGGUUCCAGCGGCGGCGAGAGCAUCGAUGUGAAUCAGAUACGCUCGGUGAAGGUUUCGCGUGGCGCUCGCAACAUACCCAAGGCCUUUGAGAUCUUUACGGCCGACCAGACGCUAAUACUCAAGCCCAAGGAUGGCAAGAACGCCGAGGAGUGGGUGCAGUGCCUCAGCAUUGUGGUGGCGCAUUCGCAGGCGCGCGACAAUCCCACAGUGAAGACCAAUAGUCUGCCCGCCCGCAGCAUUGGCAGCAGCAAGCCGUCCUUCUGAGCCGAGUCUAGCCACGCCCACUGCGCGCCCACAUUGUGAGAUUAUUUGUAAAUGUAAAGACAAGAAAAGCAAAAGACAAGCGCAACUUGCGCCCCCGACAAAAAGGAAGACGAAGACACAGCUGUCUACUAUAUAUAAAUAUCAGCUAAUCGAUAUACAUACAUAUAUCUAUCUAUAUAAACAUAUACACUUACUAAUU